AAUAUCAGUGAGUGACGUUGACUGAAGUAGAACUGAAAAAUAUUGGACUAUCUGUGAUAAUAUCAAAGCGAAAUUUUCGGUUUGAUAUUAAUUUUUCUGGAGGCUUGAUCGCGAGCAUUGUACAAAUACUUCUUCCAAGAUUUUCACAAGUACCACCCAUCGUGCCAAGAGCCACCAGUCGGUCAGCAUGGAAGCAUGCAGUGAAUUAAAACAGAAAUACGACGCUUGUUUUAAUUAUUGGUUCUCGGAACGAUAUCUCAAGGGAGACAACAAUGAUUCGAUGUGCUCCACCCUGCUCACAGUUUAUAAAGAGUGUGUGGCGGUGAGUGAGAAAGCAAUGAAGGAACAGCACAUUGAGGUGAAAGAUGUUGAGGUUAAUCAUCUUGGUACGGAUCAGGAAAAAUCAGUUCCACCCCGUAGUUGACGAACGACGGGUAAAAUGUGGGUAUCUCCGUGGAUACCAACUAUAAUGUGUUAGUCAUGUAUCUUUUUCACAUCUGUUGCAAUGCCGGUACUAACAUGGCAAACUUCCGACUACAGUUAUAUCACAAUUAGAAAGAAUAAUGUUUCCAUGCAGCCAUUGUAAGUCUUCAGUAACACAAGCACAUACGAGGUGAAAUUCGGAUGUAAAACAGGCUAUUGAUUUGCGUGAGGAUUUUACUUGAAUAGGAACGGUAUUAUUUUUAUGAGUUCGCAUGAUAUUUUAUGCUGCCACAUCAGAAUGACUUAAGCAAAUGAUCGUCAACAACAAAGUCUUUUAUUUUGGAUCGCCUCACUCAUGGUUCAAUAAUAAAGAGUACCUUCUGCUGUUCGUAGUAAAUUCAAUCAAUUUAGGGAGCAAUAAAAUUCAAAAACUGAUUUUAUCAUUUCAAA